GAAUCUUUUUACACUGGUGCUGCUGCAGGAAACAUGUGUGGAGCUCAGCUUAGACAAGAGGUGCGAAAUUGUCUUUUGCAGUGGAGCCAUCCCUCCUCCAAACAUGUUUAUCACUUCAUCCGGAUAUCUUGGAGUCUGUUGAUUUUGUUGCUUUGAAUGUAAAUUACAACUGUAAAGAUGAAGACCAACUGGAGAGGUGGAGUGAAGAUCUGAAAAUACAGAAUGGUGAGGAUAUUUUGGUUUUUACUUUAAAUCUGAGUGACUGCUCCUCUCUAUCAACAGAAAAUAAAUAUUUGCCUGCAUUUAAAGUAUCUGAAGCGGUUAGUAAAGCUGGUGCAUGGUUCAUGGGCUAUGAUAUCAAUGAAUUUUUAGACUACUCACUUGAUAAUAUCAAAAGUUUAAAGACAACAGCGUCUCGCUCAUCCUACAUCACUGUUUGGGACAAAUUUGCAACCCAGUCUCCAGCAGAUAGAGAUUUGUUCUUGAAUGACACUUUUCCCAGUGGUUUUCAGUGGGGAACGUCUACUGCAGCGUUCAAAGUGGAAGGAGGCUGGGCCGAGGAGGGAAAAGGAGAAACCAUAUGGGACAAAUUUGGACAGUAUGGCUAUGCUGAUAAUAACGCAACAGCAAAUGUGGCCUGUGACAGUUACCACAAAAUUGAAUAUGAUGUGUAUCUUCUAAAGGGGUUACAAACAAAAAUGUAUAAGUUCUCUAUCUCUUGGUCAAGAAUAUUUCCAAUGGGCUUUAAGUCUAAAGAAAAUCCAAAAGGUGUGAAAUACUACAAUAAAUUAAUCAAUAGUUUGCAGGAAGCAGGUAUCGAACCAAUGGUAACUCUGUAUCAUUGGGAUUUACCUCAAAUAUUGGAAGAUCAUGGUGGCUGGAGGAAUGAAAGCAUCAUAGAUGCUUUUGUAGAUUAUGCUGAUUUCUGCUUUGGCCAAUUUGGUGACCGGGUCAAAUUUUGGAUUACAUUUGAUGAACCUUGGGUUGUUAGCUAUGCUGGUUAUGGAACGGGAGAGCAUGCCCCAGGAAUAAAGGAUCCAGGAGACUCUUCAUAUAAGGUGGCCCAUACUAUCUUGAAAUCACAUGCUAAAGCCUGGCACUUAUACAACGACAAAUAUCGCACUAAAUAUUCGGGUAAAGUUGGAAUCUCCUUGAACUCCGAUUGGGCUGAGCCAGCAUCUCCCACUAAAUCUGAGGAUGUGAAGGCUGCUGAACGCUACCUGCAUUUCAUGUUAGGCUGGUUUGCUCAUCCAAUUUUGGUUAAUGGUGAUUAUCCUGACAUUCUUAAGGAGAAGAUAGAGCAAAAACGCAUACAAUGUCCUGGCAUAGUCGCUGAGUUACCAACAUUCACUGAGGCUGAGAAAGGACAAAUCAAAGGGUCUGCUGAUUUCCUUGGGCUUUCCCAUUAUACUACAAGGCUAAUAAAUGAUUCUGUUAGUGCAAGCUGUGUUCCAGAAUAUGAUAACAUUGGGGACUUUGCACAGAGCUCUGAUCCUUCAUGGUCUGUGACAUCAUCUCCAUGGAUUACUGUGGUUCCCUGGGGUUUUAGAAGACUUCUGAACUUUGUGAAGGAAGAGUAUGUGAAAGACAGUCUGCCGAUAUAUAUAACUGCGAAUGGGAUGCCAACACCAUAUGAUGUAGAGGUGUUUAAUGACACAGCUAGAAUCCACUACUUAACUACUUACAUCAACGAAGUUUUAAAAGCAAUCAAGAAUGACAAUGUGUCUGUACAUUCAUACAUGGUACGUUCCCUUCUGGAUGGUUUUGAAGGUAAACAUGGUUACGGACAGAGGUUCGGUUUACACUAUGUAGAUUUUGAAGAUGGAAACAGACCACGAAUUCCCAAAAAAUCAGCAUAUACAUAUUCCAAUAUAGUUGAAAACAAUGGCUUCUCAAAGACAAAGUCAGAGCAUGUUUUACCUUCAAGAGUCAAAUGGCCUAAUGCCAAAAAGCUAACUCCCCUGCCAGCAUCUGAGGUUCCUUCUAAAGCAAAGAUUGUAUGGGAAAAAUUUUCUGGACAAACUGCUUUUGAAAGAGAUAUGUAUUUACGUGACUCAUUUCCAGAAGAUUUUAAAUGGGGGGUUUCAACCUCUGCAUAUCAAAUUGAGGGAGGAUGGGAUGCUGAUGGUAAAGGGCCUAGCACAUGGGACACAUUUACACAUGUUCCUGGGAACAUUAAUAACGAUGACAAUGGAGAUAUUGCUUGUGACAGUUAUCAUCAAUUGGAUGCUGAUCUGUACAUGCUAAGGGCCUUAGGAGUGUCAAGCUACAGGUUCUCCUUGUCUUGGUCUCGCAUUUUUCCAACUGGAAAUGGCACAGUCAAUGACAAAGGUGUUGAGUAUUACAACAGACUUAUUGAUGGUUUAAUGUCAAAUAACAUAUCUCCAAUGGUGACACUCUACCACUUUGACUUACCUCAAAAACUCCAGGAUAUGGGAGGGUGGGAGAAUGAUGCAGUACUUGAUGCAUUUCAUAACUAUGCAGAGUUCUGUUUCCAGACAUUUGGGGACAGGGUUAAGUUUUGGAUGACCUUUAACCAGCCUCACAGUAUAGUAACAGCUGGAUAUGGUCUGGGUUUGUUUCCACCAAGCGUUAAAGAUGACCCAGGCUCUGCUCCUUAUAGAGUUGCUCACCGCCUACUGAAAGUCCAUGCAAGGAUUUAUCAUACAUAUGAUGAGAAAUAUCGAAAGACCCAAAGUGGGGUUAUCUCUCUGAGCCUCAACACAGAAUGGGUAGAACCCAAAAAUCAUAAUGAACCAAGAGAUGUGGAAGCUGCUGACCGUUACCUGCAGUCAACACUAGGGUGGUUUGCACACCCAAUCUUUAAAACUGGUGAUUACCCUGAUGUCAUGAAAUGGCAAAUUGCAAAUAAGAGUGACUUUCAAAAGCUAUCAUUAUCGAGACUGCCCAGUUUUACAAAAGAGGAGAGAGACUUAAUUCAAGGAACUGCUGAUGUUUUUUGUAUAAACAUUUACACCACAAAAAUUGUGCAACACAAAACAAUAAAAAUAAAUCCAGCCUCUUUUAAUGCAGAUUUAGAUAUUGUGGAGGAGAUUAACACAAAUUGGCCAUCAACGGCUGUUAAAGAACAUCGAGCUGUGGCAUGGGGGCUAAGAAGACUACUUAAUUGGGUGAAAGAGGAGUAUGGAGACAUUCCUAUUUAUAUAACAGAGAAUGGAGUUGCCACAGACAAUUCAAAUGAUUUUGAUGACACAAACCGCAUAUUUUUCUAUAAAACCUACAUUGAUGAAGCCUUGAAAGCUUCCAGGAUAGAUGGAGUGAAUCUUAAAGGAUACACUGCCUGGUCUCUAAUGGAUACCUUUGAAUGGAACUCUGGAUAUAGUGUGAGGUUUGGCUUGCAUCAUGUGGACUUCCUAAAUCCCAGCAGACCAAGAACACCGAAACGCUCUGCAAUUUAUUAUGCAUCAGUUAUUCAUAACAACGGAAUACCAAUGGAGAAAGAGGAAGAGUUCUUAUAUGGAGAGUUCCACAAAGGCUUUGCUUGGAGUGUUGCAUCUGCAGCUUAUCAGAUUGAGGGUGCCUGGAGGACAGAUGGAAAAGGACUGAGCAUCUGGGAUCAGUAUUCACACUCCCCAUUAAGAAUUGCCAAUGAUGAAAAUGGAGAUGUUGCCUGUGACAGCUACAACAGACUAGAGCACGAUGUGGCACUGCUUAAGGACCUCAAGGUGACACACUACCGAUUUUCUAUCUCUUGGCCAAGGGUUCUCCCUGAUGGAACUGUUAAAACUGUCAAUGAGAUUGGGCUGAAUUACUACAUCCGAUUGGUUGAUGCCCUCUUAGCUGCCAGUAUAACUCCCCAGGUGACUAUUUACCACUGGGAUCUGCCACAAGCAUUGCAAGAUGUUGGAGGUUGGGAAAAUGAAACAAUAGUGGAAAAGUUUAAAGAAUAUGCUGACUUGCUCUUUAAAAGGCUGGGAGAUAAAGUGAAAUUCUGGAUCACUCUGAAUGAACCGUAUAUCAUAGCUAACGUUGGGUAUGGUUAUGGCACAGCUGCACCAGGAAUUUCUUCAAGACCAGGCCGGGCACCAUAUUUAGUGGGACAUAACCUAAUAAAAGCUCAUGCUGAGGCAUGGCACUUGUACAAUGACACCUACAGAGCUAAGCAAGGUGGGCUUAUUUCUAUCACUAUUAACUCAGACUGGGCAGAGCCAAGAAACCCCUAUAAACAGGAGGAUGUUGAUGCAGCUCGGAGAUACAUCAUGUUUUACGGUGGUUGGUUUGCUAAUCCUAUUUUCAAAAAUGGAGACUAUAAUGAGAUAAUGAAGACAAGAAUAAGGCAAAGAAGCCUUGCUCAGGGGUUGUCAGUAUCACGAUUACCAGAAUUCACAGAAAGUGAGAAAAUGAGAAUUAAAGGGACAUAUGACUUUUUUGGGUUCAAUCACUAUACCACAAUUUUAGCAUCACCCCUCAACUUCCCACAAUCAAUGCAAUCCUAUGAUUCAGACAGGGGUGUAGCAUCAUUGACUGAUCGAGCCUGGCUUGGAUCAGGUUCCUUAUGGUUGAAAGUGACACCUUUUGGCUUUAGAAGGAUACUGAACUGGAUAAAGGAAGAGUACAACAAUCCUCCUAUCUAUGUAACUGAGAAUGGUAUAUCUGAACGUGGAACAAACCUAAAGGACGUCUGGAGAGAACAUUACUACAAAAGUUAUGUUAAUGAAGCACUUAAAGCUGUACAUUAUGAUGGCGUGGAUCUUCGGGGAUAUACAGCAUGGUGUUUGAUGGAUAAUUUUGAAUGGGCAGCAGGAUAUGCUGAAAGGUUUGGUUUGUUUUACACAAACUACACAGAUCCAAGCUUGCCAAGAAUUCCUAAGGAGUCUACAAAAUAUUACAGAACUCUCAUUAAGUGCAAUGGCUUUCCUGACCCAAGUAAUGGAUCACAUCCUUGUCUAGAGCCGGAACCAGAAGGUACAACCAUGUCUACAACCAGCCAUAUACAUCUUACUUCCAAAUUCCCAGAAGAUAAUGAAGAUGGAGUGGUUUACUUUCUUGGUUUGGAAAUAUCACCAUCAAAUGCAAAGAUAGCUCUAUAUGUGGAAUUUGCACUUUUAAUUGCUGCAGUUUUGGGAAUUGUCGUCUUUGCUAUUAUUCAUAUCAAGAAAGUAAAAAAAUUAAAGAAUACAAAUUUAUUUUAACAUUUCACCUGCUCUCACGCUGUAUUUGAUAUGAAAGGUUGAGCAGUAAUGUUUGUAAAAAAAUCUGAACAGAAUCCAAAUUGUAAUUUGUUUGCUUUUUAAUGUGUUUUAAUUCAAAUAAAAAGAGCUUUAAAACUAAUGCAUAAGA